CAUAGCAAGUGACAAAACGAUGUUCUCAAACUCAAUGACACUAUGUGCGGGUGGUCUGCUUGUUCUGAGCGUCAGUCUAUGGAGCUGUACAACCGCUCAAAGUGAUGUGGCAGCGGAUUGCUGUUUAACCACCAGCGACCGACGCAUUCCUCAGCGGGUGGUCACGUCUUUCACCAUUCAGACCGGUGAUGGAGCCUGCAGAAUUCCUGCCACUGUGUUUGUCACAAAGAGGGGCUUGAAACUCUGUGCACCCUUUCCAAGUAAGAGUUCUUGGGUCAGCGAACUGAUUGACAUCAUACUCGCAGGACCGGUACAAAAACCCAAAAAACAUAGAGGAAAGAAACAGAGAAAACAGUAA